AGUAUACCUGAAAUACCUCCUAAGCCUGGAGAGCUGAAAACAGAACUGUUGGGUGUAAAAGCAAGAUCAAGCAAAGUUCAAACUUCACAACAGUGA